AUGAAAGCAUUGAUUGAAUCAAUUAUCACUUACGCCUUGGUGCCCGUACACGAGCCAUGGUGCCUAUUUGUUAGCGUAUGCGUAGACUUUGAUCCGCGCGGUGAUCAAAUCCUUAAAUUCCACGGUGACGGCAUGAACGAUAACAUCGUCAUCCCCAGCGUGCCCCUGUUGCACACGCUUACCAUAUCCGAUGGGCUGAAACUGGGGUUUGGAUAUAACCCAAGCAUAGGUCCCAGUUCCAAUGCCAUAGGGGCGGAGACCAGUCAGAUUCUCAUGAGCAAAAAGACGAUUGUGCUUACGCCCACAUCCCACAACCUGAUCUAUGAUCGCAAUAUCACCACAAAGAAGCCCAACGAUAUCAACUUGCUGCUGAUGCUGUUUUUGUUCUGUGAAAUGGUGAACUGGCUGCUUAAAAAUGCCAAAGGUAUUCAAGACUUGGAGACGAGGCUCAACGGGUUGGGCUACCUGAUUGGCCAACGGUUCUUGGAGCUUAUAAAGCUUCGAGAGGGGGUGAAGAAUUCUAAGCGUGAAGUGAAGAUAUUGGAGAUCUUGCAAUUCAUUCAUGGGACAUUUUGGAAAUUCAUCUUUGAUAAACCUGCUAAUGACCUCGAAAAGAGUCAGGAUCAGAAUGAUGAAUACAUGAUUAUCGAUAACGAACCAGUGGUGAAUCGGUUUGUGAGUAUCCCCAAAGAUUACGGCAACUUGAACUGCGGGGCAUUUAUUGCCGGCAUCAUUGAAGGCGCGUUAGACCUGGCAGGGUUUUAUGCUAAUGUCACCGCCCAUCUGGUCCCUAUUGAUGAAGCACCUUUACGCACAGUGUUUUUGAUUAAGUUCAAUGAGGCUGUGUUGACUCGAGAGCAACUCUACCUGUAA